GGGCGUGGCCUCAGCGGGAGUGGCUGGCGGUAGCUAGGCGCGGGUGGCGGGAAGGAAAUACGCCGGCGGGAGUGUGCUCGCUUCCUUCUCGCAACCGGAACUGGUUCGGCAAUCUUGGCUGGCUGCUCCUGCUUCGGGAGAAGUUGUAAACUGCUCUGAUUUCUGCCUCUUUUUCCUUUCCUCCGCUCUUCCCAGAGGUGAAAGGUCGAAGCUUGGAUAGACACACCUUCAGGGCCCCCAAAGUCCACGGCCACAGGGACUCUCUCCAUUACUCUCCGGAUUCACUCGUUAAAACUCCUUUUUGGGAGUCUUGGCUCUGGGUUAGCAGAUGCCACAGCCCUGCCUCUUGAUGGAGUGUGAAUCCAGUCCAAGGGAAGAGGAGAUCCCGCCCCUCUUUUGGGGUCUGGAUCCUGUGUUUCUAGCCUUUGCAAAACUCUACAUCAAGGAUAUCCUGGAGAUGAAGGAGUCCCAACAAGUGCCAGGUACAUAUUUUUACAACGGGCAUCCAAUAAGGCGGGUAGAUAUCAUGGGAGCUGUCAUCAGCGUGAAAGAAAGAGAGACUUUCUACAGCUACGGAGUGGACGAUGCCACUGGGGUUAUAAACUGCGUCUGCUGGAAGAAGCUGAGCAACGCUGAGUCUUCCUCAGACCCAGCUAUUCUGAGCACUGCGAGAGAGCUUAGCAUGACAUCACAGCUUAAGAAGCUGCAGGAGACCAUCGAGCAGAAAACCAGGAUAGGGAUUGGAGAUAUCAUCCGAGUCCGAGGCUCUGUGCGCAUGUUCCGAGAAGAGCGAGAGAUCUGUGCCAACAUUUAUUAUAAGGUGGACGAUCCAGUGUGGAACAUGCAAAUCGCAAGGAUGCUUGAGCUGCCCAAGCUCUACCAGAAGGUGUACGACCAGCCCUUCCGUAACCCAGCCCUACAGGAGGAGGAGGCACUAAACAAUAAAGACAAUUUGGAUCUCGCUGGCCUCACGUCUUUGCUGAGUGAGAAAAUUAAAGAAUUCCUCCAGGAGAAGAAAAUGCAAAGCUUCUACCAGCAGGAGUUAGAGACAGUGGAGUCUUUGCAGUCUCUGGCCAGUCGGCCUGUGACCCACAGCACGGGCUCGGACCAAGUGGAGUUAAAGGACAGUGGCACUUCUGGCGUAGCGCAGAGAGUGUUUAAGAAUGCUCUCCAGCUGCUUCAGGAAAAAGGACUCGUGUUCCAGAGAGACAGUGGCUCUGAUAAGCUGUACUACGUAACCACCAAAGACAAAGACCUGCAGCAGAAGAUCUACCACAUCAUUAAGGAAGACUGUCAGAAACCAAACCAUAUGGAGAAGGGCUGCCACCUGCUACACAUCCUGAACUGUGUGCACCUCAACCUCCGCUGGGACCUGAGCAAGGCUGUGCUGCAGCGGGUGCUGGAGCUCCUGGAGGACCAGAGUGACAUCGUCAGCACCGCGGACCACUACUACGCGGCCUUCUGAGCAGAGCCGCGGAGCAAAGCGGGAGGCUCUACCCUAGGUUCUGCUCACAGGCCCAGUAAAGACUUACACAUCCCAUAGUAAGCUCUGAUAAGUCACAGGAAAAUAGGACUGAGACAGAUGGCUCUGAUGUCAGCCAUGACACACACAAGCCCUCCUUGUCAGCUCCCUGGCUGGACUUCCCAUCACUCAGAACAGAAUGGGAGAAAACGGUGUUGCUGGUUUAAUCACUGUGUCUGAAUUCAGGGGCCCCGUCUCGAUAGAGGGGCAUCCCAGGGCGAAGGCUCCUCCACAUCUGAACUGGAGCAGAAAUAGCAGACUACACCGUCUGAAAACGUCACACUCCAAGCUACCACAUACAUCCCCACCAGGCUCCCCUGAUGUGUCAAGAGCUCGUAUAGGCGCAUCGUCUCCUACAGUAAUUGACGUUUGCCUCAGUUUCCUGGGACUUCAGCAGUAGCGGUGAGGGCUGCUGAGGCUUGCAGAUCUGCAUUGAAGAAUAAAAACUCCAAUGCAUGGCUUGGCAUUUC